GCAGCAGGACCAAACGCGGGUGACAGGAAAAAUGGGUGGGGCGGGGGCGUGGUCUGCCAGACCGUGGGCGGGCUCCCCCCCCCCCCCGGGCCACCAUUGGCACCGAUGGCUCAGCCCCAAGAAGCGGGGGUUUGGCGCAGCGCAGCCUAACGCGGGUGACAAGGAGAAUGGGGAGGGAGGGACCAAUGUUGUGAGGCGGAGUUGGGGCGGUGUCUGGUGAGCAGUGGGCGGGGCCGUGUUUUGGGUGCUGUUCCAUGGCCAGGGCACAACCAAGAGAGCGAAGGUGACCGAAGGAGGGGCUCACUGAGCGCCCCGGCAGGGAGAGGAUUGGCGAGUAGUGGGCUGGUCUGUAUCCCUGGCCACGCAGGCCCGGGCUGUACAGCCUCACGGCCUGACGGAAUCGCACAGCUCUCCGGAUCUCAGGAACCCGCCAGAGGCACUGCCAUGGCCGUAGGCAACAUCAACGAGCUGCCAGAGAACAUUCUACUGGAGCUCUUCACCCACAUCCCCGCCCGCCAGCUGCUACUGCGCUGCCGCCCGGUCUGCAGCCUCUGGCGAGACCUCAUCGACCUGGUGACUCUCUGGAAGCGCAAGUGCCUGCGAGAGGGCUUCAUCACCGAGGACUGGGACCAGCCGGUGGCUGACUGGAAGAUCUUCUACUUCCUCCGAAGCCUCCGAAGGAACCUCCUUCACAACCCAUGUGCUGAAGAGGGAUUUGAGUUCUGGAGCCUGGAUGUGAACGGAGGUGAUGAAUGGAAGGUGGAAGAUCUCUCCAAAGACCAGCGGAAGGAAUUCCCCAAUGACCAGGUCAAGAAAUACUUCGUGACUUCCUAUUACACCUGCCUCAAGUCCCAGGUGGUGGACCUCAAGGCUGAAGGGUAUUGGGAGGAGCUGAUGGACACCACCCGACCGGACAUCGAGGUCAAAGACUGGUUCGCAGCCAGGCCAGACUGCGGGUCCAAGUACCAGCUGUGCGUUCAGCUCCUGUCGUCGGCCCACGCACCCCUGGGAACCUUCCAGCCAGACCCCGUAACGAUUCAGCAGAAGAGCGACGCCAAGUGGAGGGAGGUUUCACACACAUUCUCCAACUAUCCUCCCGGCGUCCGCUACAUCUGGUUUCAGCACGGAGGCGUGGACACUCACUACUGGGCCGGCUGGUACGGCCCGAGAGUCACCAACAGCAGCAUCGUCAUCGGGCCCCCACUGCCCUGAUGCCCCCCGAACCCCUCUCCUUGGAGCCCUAAUUGGUAAACAGCCGUCAGAAAGGGCCAGGCUCGGGAAGUGUGGGGGAGGGGGGUGGAAGCCAGGCACUUCCAGACCUGUUUGUCUUUGCCCCCCAGCUGCCUCCCCUGUGCAGAGCUCUUCUCUCCAAAGGCUGGCCUUCCAGCAAGGUCACCCCUUUAAGGGGUGCAGUGCCUGAGGUUAGGUGGAUACAAAAGUCAUCAGGGAGAGAUCCCCAAGCUCGAAUGCUUGCCCAGAUCUGUCUGUACCUCUGCCCUUUGUUCUCCUUCAGGGCCCUUAGAGCAGGGAUGAGUGAGACACCUGACAGGUUUGGGGACUGCCUUUGAUGAUGCAGACGUUGAGGGGCAGAUCUGGGAUAGAAGGCGGUUCUGCUGGCCAGACCUUAGCCUGGUUGUCAGCUGCGGCUUCUGUCUUGGCCAUCUUCCUUGCUUUGGCUUGGAAGUCAGGCCUGGUAUCAGAUAGGCAGGUAGGAUCAGACUGUCCUUGUCGUCAGCAAAGCCCAGAAAGCCAGGUGGGUACCGAUGAGUGCAGGGCUCCCCAGAGAACCCAUGGAAUCCCACUCAGGAUGGAGGGGCAGGAUGGACCUUGAUUCUGAGAGCUGCAAUGGGAAAUCAAGUAGAGGGACCUGGGCAAGUUCUCUAUGGCUUGGAGAUGUCCAAGCCCCAACUGUUGAAGCGUCCAUUCCCACACUGUCCCCUGACCCCAGUACCACGCCAACCCUCCUACUGCACAGCCAAAUAAAACAUUUCCCAGCC